GCGAUCGGUGCUUACGUUUCAUUCGCGCCGCUAAGUUUAUUCUCUUCGUCGCACAUUGUGACAGUAAGUGAAGUGAAACUUGUGAAUAUAACUCGAUUUACGAACAAUUAUAUAAGACAAAUAUUAUAAAAGUGUUGUUUAUACAUAAUCAUUCAAACGGAGCUUGAAUUUGUUUUCGGCGGCCCCGUUUGUUUGCCGGUGCACUAAUUGCUGUUUGCGGAGCGAAAACACAUUGAAGAUGGUAUAAUUCGAAGCAAGAUGCGGUGGUUCAGAAAAGGUGAGCCGCCGCGGCUGCUUGCUGUCUCGCCGGAGGCUGAAUCUAGAUCUACGCGAAGAUCUAGAAUAGAUAUGUCUCCAGUGCGCUAUCCCAACAGAAAAAGUAGCAGUAGUUCCGUGGAAACAAACUUUUACAAUUUAAGUGAUCAAAUAAUAAUCGUCGAAAAAUCUCCCCAUCCAUGUCAUCGAAGUUGUGAAACACCAGUAACUCGUAGAAUAUCAUUGCAAAAUGGACCCACUUCACCGCAAGAAAGUUGCAAUAGUAGUCGCAAAAACCGCGGAGGUUCUUUAGAGAAAGAAUACGUGGUGUAUAGAGAAAAACGAAAUCCGUUACUCGAUAAAGUUAAAAAUACAAAACUAUCUUGCUUCAAGUCCAACGCCCCAAUGCGCCACGGAGACGACGCUGCUUCGACGUCAGGAAGCGAUUGUAGUGGAUUUGGACACGUUGAAGAAAUAACAAAUUGCCGUUACGCAGAAAAUUACCCAGAACACACGGAAUUUGAAAAUCAUAAUCCUUGGGUCAAAAUGCCGAAUUAUGAUGACGAUGUUUUCUUCGCGAAAAGUCCAGUGGAAUGUAGUUGGCGAGAAGGCAAAUCAUUUACUAACAGAGGUGCUAGAUGUUACAGUUCAGGUUCCGAAUGCGAUAGAUAUCACGUCAUACCUAAGGCCGGUACAAAACUAUCGAAAUCGAGUGAUCAAAUAUUUAACGACGACUACGAAGAAUACGAUAAACCAAUUACCCUAAGUACCCACAAUAAGACUGAUAAACUUAAACAUAAGGACGAGAAAGAUACGAUUGGACCAAGUUCUUGUCUUUCAGCUAAAUUGCGUGCUAUGUCGGAUAGAUAUCUGAAAUCUUCGACCAAUAAAUUUUUUUCAAAGUUAUAUAAACAAGCUGGCGAUGACGACCAUGCAACGCAUGUUGAAAAUGAUACUAUAGUUAAGUCAACCAGUGCAAUAAGUAAAAGUCGGAAAAAGAGAGGUGGAGUGCGUGCAAAAUUGCGUAGCUUCUCUUAUGGAGCUUUGCCUGGACUUGAUGAAUUCCAAAAAGGGCAUAACUCUGUAUUUCAUGACGAGGUUUAUCAGGUUUCAUGUGAUGAUGAAAACGUUUUAAUACAAGACUGCGAAGACACAGAUUCGGGUAUUCUAGUCAAUGAAUCGGCAGCAUCAUCUAUAUUUGAUAGUGAUAGAAUAUCUUCUCGCUGUGAAAGUUCUGCUUCUCAUUCAAUUCCACAAGCAUCUUGUCACAACAGAAGUGUUUCGGGAGAUCAAACAUAUACAAAAGCGCGUGUUUCUAACAGAAGAAGCAGAGAAAAAAAUGAACACCCUAAGCCUAAGCUACGUCAUAAUCAAAGAGCUCUGUCUCUAGAUCGAAAAGAAAUACUUAGACGAAUGCCUAAAAAUCCUGAUCAUGCCGAGCCCCAAUUUUUACAGUUAACUGAAAAACAGAAGAUGCGACAAAGAGAUGCUAGUCAUGGAGACUGUGGAAUACCUCCUAUACCGCCUUGUCGCAAACCCGCGAAAAAUAGUUCUAAUAAAGUACAAUCAGAAUUUAAAGUUGUCAGAAUUAUGAGAAAAAAUCCUUGUGACGAGCUUGGUAUAUUUAUUGCUAAAACAAAACUUGUAGAUGAAGGCCAUGUUGGAUAUUUAGUGGCACACGUGGUCCCCGGUGGAUUAGCAGAUAGAGAAGGAACAUUACGUAUUGGGGAUGAACUUCUUAACGUAAAUGGUAGAAGACUUCGUGAUCUUACGAUGUCAGAAGCUAAAGAAGCUUUACGAUCUGGAUCAUCCGAAAUAGACAUUGUAAUUUGUAGGCAACGUGAAAAAAUUACGCUUGAAACACGACAAAGAGAACAAUCGCAGAAGAGUGUCAUGUUAAUGCGAGAAAGUUCCGUAGAUUAUGAAAAUGCCAUAAUAUUAGGUAAAGAAAAACGUAAUGAUAAGUAUGACAUCAGGAUAGAUCCACGUCACACUCUGGACGAAUCCUCGUGUAAUCGCGCAUCGUUAUCAGCGACAGACGAAGCGGAUGGUCCUGCGGACACGCAUUCUCGCUUCCUGAAAGGUCAGAACGCGAGCUAUAGCAGUAUGAACAACAAGUUAUUGCGUCGGCAGGUCGUGAGUUACGGUGGUACAAAUAAAGACGGACUAACGCUCAGUUGUACAGGCGAUAUUGUUGACGUUGAUGUACCGGACGGUGUUGAACGGACUACGGAAAAAAAUGACGGUGAAAGUGAUAUCCAAACUCAAAAUGCCAAUAAUUUUUGCACACUUCCAAGAAGACCGCGUGCUCCGACACAUACUUAUCACACCAUUACUUUUGAAAAAGGUCAUGGUAAGAAGCCACUCGGCUUCACAAUAGUAGGAGGACGCGACUCACCUCGAGGCCCCUUGGGAAUCUUUAUAAAAAGCAUCCUUCCCCAAGGUCAGGCGAUCGACGAUGGCAGACUCAAAGCGGGUGAUGAGGUCUUAGCAGUCAACGGACAAGCGUGUCAUGAGUUAGCUCACGUGGAAGCACUUGCUCUAUUCAAGGCUGUGCGAACAGGACCCAUAGAGCUGAGAGUGUGUCGCAGAGUAAAGAGCCAGUCAACCAAAGCAAAAUCCUGCACAGAUCUGCUUAAUGACGACGAUUGAAGUUAAUUUCAACAAUGUAAAUGGUAUCUUCAAUUAGCCUUAGAUAAAAAAAUAGCAUUUUAGCUUAAAAUGUUGACAUUUCAUCCUGUGUAAAAUAAAAAACUUAAUAUUUUUUGACAAGCUUUAUUUGGCCACCGUUUUGAAAGAAUAAUAAAUCUUGUUCUAAGCUUACUCGAUUAGAUUGUAUUUUAAUCAGCACCAAAAUGGGUGUGCAAAAUUUCAAUUCAAUCGGUCGUGUGGAAAUGGUUUAAUGGUUUAAUUUAGUCAAAAGAUUUAAGCCACAUAUAUUAAAAGACGAAGCUAAAGAAAGGCUUGUAAAAAAACAAUAAGUUUUGAAAUUUAAUUAAAUUCUGCAAAAUUCAAUAUUUAGUAACAACUAUUAUGCAAAUUUAAUUUGAAAAAAAUAAUUAAAAUUUUAUAUCAAUUGUGCCAUUUAUAAUAUAAAACACGCUGUCAACAAACAAUUAUUUAUAAUUUAAUAUCCUAUAUUAUCAAAAUUGUACGUCAUUGACUGUACCUGAUUUUUUUUUAAAUACAGCAGCUCAAUCUUCUUGCACAUUAUAAUUAAGGUUAAUUCCCAAAGAUAAAAUUAGGUAACUAUCGUUGAACUUUUUUAAUUUACAGAAAUAUCGAUUUUUACAAAAAUCGAUAUAUUCUCUAAAUAAUAAUAUAUUUAAAAGCAGUUAGUUACUCAUAAUUUUAGGGCUUCUUAAGACUGUGCUGUUUAAUUAUUUACAAUGCAAAUUGUGUAUUUAAUAUGUUAUACCAAUAUUAAUAUAAAAUAAAUAAAAAAAUUACAUUGUCCAUAAGUAUGAAAUAAUUCGAAAACAACUUUUUGUUGCUGAAAAGUUGUCUGAAAACAUUAUUUGUUGCACUUGAUAAAGAACAAUGUUGAAUUAUAUAAAAGUUAAAAUUUAAAAAAAAUGUAGAAGGUAGACGGUGUCCAUUAGAAUAAAUUGUUAAUGUUUUGUAAUUAGAUUACAAUAUCGUGAACACAAAAUGCAAUAAAAUGUUUAAUAAAAUUUUAUUUGAACAAAUAACAAAAUGUAGUAAUAUUGUGUAUUGUCAUUAUGAUCUGACUACCUACUGUGAUAGUUUGUAUCGGUUUGAAUAUAAUAAAGUAAAAUAGCAAUGGAUUAUGUCAAACAUCUUUAGAUAUACCUGCAGAGCAAAAAUGACGAAUGUCUUAAAUAGAACAAAAGUUUGAAGAUUAUAUAGGAAUUUUAAAUUCUUAAUUCAAAUUGGUUAAUGAUUUGUACAAAUUAAAUUAAAAUAAACAUUAUUUGAUAUUGAUUGUAGUUAUUUGAAAUGUGGUUUCUAAUUAGAAAUAAAAUCUGUCCAACCAAUUGAUGAAAGACAAAA